UCCCAAUCAUUUGUGUGCUGUGUAUUUUAUUGUGAUGAUGAAUAUAUUGCGUGCGGAAUGCAUUCGCAGACAACUAAACAGUGGCUGACGAAUGUACAUUUGCUUUCCAGUGAACGUUGUAUUUAGCAAAUAAACGGAAGUGGUAGGAUUUUAUUGUUAGGACAGUUUUAUAUAUGGACUCUGUACAUGAACAUCCUUGAUUAAAGUUGGUUUCAAGAAGAGCAAGAAUGGAUGCUACGCUAAGUCUAGGAAAUAUUUACUUCCUGUCAUUAGAUUGAGCCAAACAACAGAUGGAACAAUAAUUUCACCAAACUAUGACGUCUGUUUCGGAGGUAUAAAGUGCAAUCAUUAGCAGCAUUCUACUUGGAAAUUGUAAAGGAAAAGAGAUCAAGAUGAAUGGAGCAGGAGUUGUUACUCCUCCACCUAAGACUGCCCCCAAGCCUCGUGCCAAGCCAACCCUGCCAAGACGAGCCACAAGUGAUGCUCUCCCUGUCCCAGCAGCUAAACCAACCAAAAGUUCCAAACCACCGCCAGUGGUUGCUCAAAAGCCAAAGCCUGGCCAAGCCCCGGUCGUUUCCCCUAAGCCACCACCUCUGGAAUCAUCAAGACCUCGAUCAGUGAGUGCUGGUGCAACGCCCUCUUCGGGGACAGCCCCUGCGGUGACCAAUGGUGGUACUCCACCUCCUGUAGCCUUUAAGCCCAAGCCCAAGCCUCCACUCAAGAGGAAAUCUUGGAUUGCUUCUCCACAGCAAUGCCUGGACCUCAAGGAAAAUACAGGAACAACUGAAGCGAUAUCAGAGGAAAAGAGUACACCUGCUUCUGAGGAGUCUGUCUGUGACCAAACAGAGAUUUCCCCACAAGAUAAGACUGAGAAAGAGGAACCAAAGUGUGUAAUAAGUGAAAGUAUAGACCAUAAUUCAUCAUCACCUGAAGAAAGCAGAGAAAGCUCGGGUGAUGCUGACAGUAAUCAAAUUAGCCAAUCCACUGAUGAUGUAUUAAGAAACUCAGAUCCUGCGAAUUUAGAAAGUCAUGCACCGAAUGAUGAACUAGGACAUCGUGAAACUUUGAAGAGUAACUCUAUAGACAAUACUGCUGCAACCCCUUCUGAUUUGCCCGUUGAUACUUCUGUGAGGGGUGAAGACUCUUCAGAAGUUCCAUCGCCACAAGACAAUGAAAGUAUAAAUAAUGACAGUUCUCCUAAAGAAGAUGCUUUAGAGACUUCAAUCACCCAAACCUGUGGAACAUCAGCAAGUGGAAGUGCUGAUGAUUCACCUGUUCCUGACACAGAUAUUGUUCCUGAUAGUGAUUCACCCGCAGCUGUACAGGACAGUCUUAAUAAUUUGAGUGCUUCUUCAGACGUCACUGCCAACUCCAUACCUACAUACCAGCCAGAAAACCAAAGUGUCGCAACAGAUCCUACAUCAUGUGAUGAUGAUGAUGAUGCCUUUGAGGAAACUGAAGAUUCAACAAAGGAGGAAUCUGUAGAAUUUACAAAGCCUCCCGUUCCUGCCCCGCGUCGAUCUCUGUCAAGCGUUACUUCAGAUGUUACUUCAGAGGUGUCUUCUUUAGACUCUUAUGACUUUCUAAAUAGAAGCAGAGGUGGCAGUUCUUUCAAAAGUCAAAAGUCCCAAUCUGUCCGCAGCCAGGGAAGCAGCCGCCUUGGUUCAGACAGUGAGGACGAAUGUGGAGUCUUUGAGGUCCAGCCGGAGAUUGCAGAAGAAGACGAAGAAGAAGCGGAGGAAACAAGGGUUCAUGCAGAGACCUCUGAUCCUGAUGAAAAGGACAAUUUGAAAGGACAGAACUCCAGCAUCAGUGAUUUUGGAGAUCUUCAAGAAAAGGAAGGACACAUUGCGGAAAAUGAUGAAGACAUUGUCCUUGUUUCACUGACAGCAGCGGCUCAAGGCAACACUGAGGUUGAGGAAGAUACCAAAGCAAAAGAGAAUGACCAGGUUGUUCCUCUACAAGAGCAUAGCAGUAUUCAAGAACCCACUGUUGAACAGUCUAAAUCAAGCUCUGCUGUCGUAGAAGGUCAGGGUGAUAACCAUAUAGCCCUUCAAAAAGACACUAGAACUCCAGAAAAUACUGAUGAUCCAUCGAACGCUGAGAUUGAAGUUGGUGAAACUACUAUAGGUGAAUAUGUUGACUUAGCUGCUGAGGAUAUACAUGUACCUGUAUCCAGUUCAGAAGAAUUAGAAAUUAACCAAUCGGGAGUCAGUCAGGAAAUUGAGAAAAGCAAAGAAACAAAAGGGCAAGAACAACAAGAACUUCAAGAAAGAGAGGAUGCCAAAGAAGAACUUGCGCAGGAAUUAACUGAGGAGGGCAGAGGAGCAAGUGAGGAAGAAGAAGAGAGUGAGGAAGAAUUUGAUGAGAUGGGGAAGCGGGUAUUUUCGUUAUCAAGGAAGAAGAAGCCUGGAGUGCUGAAGUAUUCCUCAGGAGAGUUCCAUGAGCAGUAUGAAGCUUCUGGAAAGGAAAAAGCAGUUUCUGAAAACUCUAAAAGCAAGGACUCUAAGAAGAAACCUAAAAAAGAUCCAAAGAAAGGGAAAAAAGAGGUGGCAGAAGAGAAUUCUUCUGUAAUUGAAAAUGUCCAUAGUAAAUCAGCGGCUGUUCAAGAGGAUCAAGGCGCCACUUCAGAGGAGGACAGACCGUCAAAACCUCCAAGAAUGCGUCCUGGGGCAACACCAGAAGAACUAGAAGUUGGGAGAGCAUCCACCACUUCAGAUGUCUCUACCACCCCCUUGGAAGGGGAGGUUGCUGUACGACCUCUCCCAGCUCCAAGAAGCUCUGUUUCCAGGUCUUUUUCUCGACCAAAGAUCAGUCUUAGCCAUCGGGUGAGGAGUGUCAACGUAGAGAGUGAUGAAGAUGAUGAAAGCUCCCUCACUGGCGACAUGGAAGUUGCUAGUGGUGCAGAGGAUGAUGCAUCCAGAGAGGAGCACAUCGUCAAUGGAGGAGGAGCAGGAGCUGUUGUGACUCGUGUGGAUUCAGAUGGAGAGGAGGAAGUGUUCAUAGGCGGUAUGCCAUCCAGCUCCAUGUGUACACAAACAGCUUUUGUAGAUCAGACCUCUAUCGCUUUAUCAGCAGAUGAACCAACAGAAAUGAGUGCUUUACAGCAAGGGAACAAUCCCCAACAGUUCCGCCACUUUGCUACUAUCGAGCCAGUAGGGAAUGCUGCACUAAGAAGUCCCUCUGUGGAGGUCCCUGCUGGCAAUCCAACCCUUAUAUCAGGACCAGCAGACACCCUCUCUAAUCUCAGUGAGAAUCAGUCUGUCGCUAUUAGUAUCACUGAAUCAGAACCAUUAAGCGACAGUGCAGAGUGCCUUUCGCAACGGUCAGAGCAUGCCAUCAAUAAGCCCUGGUCUGAAGUGGCUGCAGUGACUGUCUCUGUGACAACCAUGCCAGAGCCCCUCGUUCCGCAAUUCACCCGUGUGGAGGGUGAUUCCUCAACGUCGAGCAGUUCUUCAUCGCUGGUCCCCUGUCAACCCAUCGUCAAAGAGCCCAGAAGUCUUGAUUCCAGUCAGGACGAUGAUGAAGAUAAUGAUGAUGAUGACGACAAUAGGAAUAUGUAUGAUAAGAUUGACAUCUAUGAUGCGGGCUACAAAAAGAAAGACUGGAAAUAUCGCGAGACUGAUGAGGAGCUUAGGAUGAGCGCACAACCUGAUCCUGAAAAUGAUGCUGAAGCAGAUGAGGCCAAAGACACGAUCAGCCACCUCUCGGAGUCAUCAUCGCUCGCUACCACAGCCUCCGAGCAGGAGUUCAAAUCCAGCUUCGGAGAGCGUCCUCAUCGCAUCCAGAGAAGGAGGGGCUCUGAGGACUUUGUGCGAUUGUCCAGAAUAAGUCGAGAGCGGACGAUCACUCUUCGCAGACAAGAUGGCACCUAUGGCUUGAGGAUACAGAAGAGCAAACCAGUGGUUAUUACGACCUUAGACCCAGGAGGUGCUGCAGAGAAUGCAGGGUUAAAGGUCGGUGAUAUGGUCAUUAAAGUCAACGGUCAAGACGUGAGACAAGUACGCCAUUCAGAAGUGGUCAAGAUAGCCACAGAAGCUCCGGAGCCAUUGGUGAUUGUUGUAGGGACUGUGGUAUGCAACAGUCUCAAUAUCCAAGGUGAUCAUACCAUCAUGAGUGGCUUCAUGCACAAGAUGGCGAACGCUGGUCCGAUCAAACAGUGGAGGAAAAGAUGGUUUGUUCUAAAACAUGACAACUGCCUGUACUUCUACAAGACUGAAAACGAUAAACUUCCUCAGGGAGCAAUAGUCCUGCAGAACUACACAGUAACCAAGGCUAGGGAUGCCGGCAAACAAUUCUCAUUUAAACUCACCAAAGAGGGCGCCAGAACAUAUGUCUUCUACACGGCCAAUGAGGAGGAGAUGAGCAGUUGGGGUAAGGCCAUCAACGACGCGGCCAACCCGAGCCACAAGACAGACGUCUGGCUGGACAUAAGCACCCAUAACGUGAGCUUGCCGGCCCUGUCAAUCAAAGACCCAGAAUGCAAUGGGUUCCUCACCAAAUGGAACGGCAAGAUGAAGAACGCUCGGAGACGGUUCUGUGUUCUCAAGGAUGCCUGUCUCUAUUAUUACAAGGAGAUGGAUGCCCUGGAUGCACAAGGUGUGGUCCAUCUCCAUGGUUACAGCAUCCAGGAGUCGGAGCUGAAGGGUAAGAAGUUUGCCUUCAUCCUCAAGCCACCGGAUGAGGAGCUGAGAGAGUUCUACUUCUUUGCAGAUCACGACACAGAUCGUAAAAGAUGGGUAGCUGCCCUUGCAUCCUCCAUAGGGCGGUGGAUCUCUACCAAUAACCCUGAUGAUGGAGAAGAUGAAGGAACAGAGAUGUAUAUAUGAGACCAGAUGCACCAAAGAUCCAGCGUCAUUGCUAUACUCCCAGCUCAUUCUGUG